AUGAGUUCUUCUAAAUCAAUAAGUGCAUUGCUACCACCUCCUCGUCACUCACAAAUCUCGAGUAGUAACAUUAGUAUCAGCAAUGAAGUCCAAAAGCUUGUAGAUGUCACCGCAACAUCGGAUGAUCACAGCGACGAAGAUCAACUGUCAGGGAAUGAGAACAAGGGUGUGACAUUCGAGAACUUUUUGCCCCUCAGGAACCAUCAUCCAAAUUUAGAGUUACCAAUGCCGACUGAUCAUGAAGUUCGUACAUCCUAUGAACGGACUAAAGCUGUUUUGGACAAGGUCUUGAGCCAAAAGAUCAGUCCCCGGGGAACUAGCAUACCGCAAGGAGCGAAACAAAAAGCUAAUGUCAAAACUAUAGAGUAUCAAGGGCAUGGUGGUGGCAAAACUAAGUCAAUUCAAAUUGUAGAUAAGCAACUUGACCCUCUACAACCACGAACAUUCAAGUUAAAGAAAAUGGUAGCUCCACCACCCGACGAACCAUUUGCACCAGUCCUUCAUAAGACUGAUGAUAGCUCCCCACAGCUUUCCAAAGAAACUCGCGAUCAGUGGAACAUUCCCUCUGCAAUAUCCAACUGGAAAAAUCCAAAUGGCUAUGCGAUCUCGCUGGACAGGAGAGUAGCUAGCGAUGGUCGCUACAACAAGGGUUUGUCUGGAAACCAGGAUAUCAGUGAGAAGUUUGCAUCUCUGUCAGAAGCUUUAGACGUGGCAGAAAAGAAGGCCAGAGAAGAGGUAAUGUUGAGGGCAGAUGCGAAGAGAAUGCUUGCCGAACAAGACGCUAGGGAGAAAGAAGAGAAACUUAGAUUACUUGCAUUAAGGGCGCGUGAGGAAAGAAGGCGUCAGGUGAGUAGGUCGGCGGACGCGGAGAGCAAUGAAGCAUCACUUGCUAAAGAGACAGCCAAGCGAGAACAGAGGCGGCAACUUGAAAAGGACGUGCGAAAUUCAAAGCUUAACACAGCAGAUCGACUUAGAGCACUUGCUGCCAAACAAAACCGGGAAAUUUCAGACAAAGUUAUAUUAGGAGCUGCGAAGGCAAGCGAUACAUCAGGAAUUCAGUAUGAUUCCCGACUUUUUUCAAGAGCUGCGAGCGAGAAUGCUCUGGGAGGGGAAAAUCGGGUUUACGAUAAUCCACUAUUCGUCCAAGAAGGCAUCAAUACCAUUUAUCGCCCAAAUGUAAUGCAUUCCGCGAGUGGGAACGAAAUGGUCGAUAGUACUUUGCAGUCUCUCAGCGGCGAAUCGAGCGGAAAACGGAGUCGCGAGGGCCCAGUAGAGUUUACUGGGGCCGAAAGAGAGCAGCCGUCUGUGGAGAGGAACGAUGAUGGUUCUGCAAAAAAGCACCGUGCUACUUAG